AUGUCAAGCGAAAUCUCCUCGGCGGGAGUCACCCUGAUCUCGCAGGGGACGGGGUACGGGCUGCUCAUCGGCCUGGGCAUCCUCUUCUGCGGCGUUAUUCUCAUCGCCGUCAAGAUCCAAAAGGCCUAUCUCGACGAAGACUCGGGCACGUCCGAGAUGUUUAUGGUCGCCAAUCGCAGCGUGGGGACGGGGCUGACUGCGUCCGCGGUGUUUUCCUCGUGGAUGUGGAUCAACGAGACGGUGUUCUCCGCCGUGUUUUGCUACAGGUUUGGGCUGGCGGGUCCGAUGUGGUAUGGCUCCGGUCUAUGCUUCCAGAUAGCUCUCAUGGCGGCCCUGGGCGUGCUGGCCAAGCUCCGAGUUCCGUACGCGCACACCUCCUUAGAGAUCAUCCGCUUGCGAUAUGGCAAGGCGGCACACGUGGUUUUCCUCGUGCUGAACCUGUGCUGCAACAUAUUUGGCUGUGCAUCCAUGAUCCUGACUGGGUCGCAAUUGAUCCAUGGCAUUGCGGGGAUCCAUUUCGUGGCUGCCACGGUUCUCAUUCCUCUGGGAGUCGUGCUGUACACCGCGGUAGGAGGCCUCAAAGCCACAUUCCUAACGGACUACCUUCACACGGCUGUCGCCCUGAUCCUGAUCAUCUACUUCACACUCUCGAUCCUCAGUCACGAAGCCAUCGGAGGGUUGUACGGACUCUACGACAAGGUCACCGCUGUGGCGGCCGACAACUACAUCCCCGGAAACUACCAGGGGUCGCUCUUGACGAUGAAGUCCCACGACGCAAUAAUCUGGGGACUCAUCCUCAAGUUCGGUAAUCUAGCUCUAGUCGUAAUGGACACCGCUUUCUGGCAAAAGUCCUUCGCGACCGAAGUCAACGCCACCGUUCCCGGCUACAACCUGGCUGCGGUCGCCAUCUUCGGCGUCCCCUGGGGCCUCGGGACCGUCGUCGGGCUGGCGGCCCGUGCCAUCCACGACACGCCACUGUUCCCCACGUGGCCAGGUGAGUUCACGCAGGGUGAGGUCCUCUCGGGCUUCGUGAUGCCCUACGCCAUCCAGGCCCUCCUCGGCACCCAGGGUGUCAUCGCCUUCUUUGUCCUGGUCUUCAUGGCCCUUACGAGCACGGUCUCCUCGUCCAUGAUCGCCGUCAGCAGCAUCCUCUCCUUCGACCUCUACAAGACGUACAUCAACCCGGCUGCCUCGGACCGCCGCAUCAUCCGAGUCAGCCACCUCUCCGUCGCGUUCCACGCCGUCUUCAUCACCGGCUUCUCCAUCGUCCUCAACUACGGCGGCGCCAACAUGACCUGGAUCGGCUACUUCCGCCCCAUCCUCACCUCCUCCGGCAUCCUGCCACUCAUCCUGGCCCUCACCUGGUCCCGCCAGACUCGUCUCGCGGCUACCUGGGCCCCCAUCCUCGGCUUCGUCUCAGGGCUCGCCGUCUGGCUAGCCACCGCGAAGUCCAUGUAUGGGUCCAUCACUCUCGCCACGACGAUGAAAGAGUGUCCCAGUCUUUACGGGUCCAUCGCCGCCUGCUGCUCCCCCGCCCUCUACUCACUCCUGCUCUCCGCCUAUCGACCUUCCACCUUUGACUGGCGCGAAUUUCUCCGCAUCACAGCAGUAACCCAGUCCGAGCCCUCCCCAGUCACCACUAUUACUACUACUGGUGACGGUACGACAGAUACGACCCCUCCAUCCCCAAGCGAAAAAACACCCAUCGAAACCGCAACAGCCACCACGAUAGAAACAGACGACCUCGUCCACCCACUCGACAAACAGACUCUCGCCCACCUCGCAAGAUGGUACCGCAUAGCCUGGGUUACCUUCGGCGUCCUUGUGCUGCUCACAUUCGUUGCGUGGCCGCUCCCGCUGUAUCGCGACUAUAUCUUCGGUCGGGCGUUCUUCGCUGGCUGGACGACGGUCGCUAUCGCGUGGCAGUUUUUUGCGUUCGGUGCGGUCGUCGUGUACCCGGUUUAUGAUGGACGGUGGGAGAUUUGGAGAGGUGUUCGGGGUGUGAUGGGGAGUGUUAGGGGAUGGUUGAAAAAGAGCAAGUAGGUAGUAGAUGGUAGUGAGGUUUAUAGCUGCUGCUACUAUUUGGAUAUAGAAGACG